AUGUUUGAGGAUGGAUCUCAGGCAUUUGAAGCCAAAAACUUUCUGCUGAAACAACAGCAAGUCACUGAGGUUGGGUUCAUUUUUCUUUUUACUUCGGUUUACUGUGAACGCGACUUGCAGAUUGUCUUGGAAGGUCAAACAUAUAUUGGCGCUGGUAAGAAGAAGGAAGAGGAAGUUGGUGAAAAGAAGGAGAAGGAAGUUGGUGAGAAGAAGGAGAAGAAAGAGAAGACUGGUGGGAAGGAGAAGAAGGAGAAGGAAGCUGAUCACAAAAAGGAGAAGAAGGAGAGGGAAGGUGAUCUGAAGAAGGAGAAGCAGGGGAAGGAAGCUGGUCAGAAGAAGGAGAAGGAAGAAAAGGAAGAACUUUGA